AUGGAUAAAUAAAACAAGAAGUCUCAUAUUCUCCCCCUCACUACUGGCAAAAAAUCCAAUUCAUCAAGAAUGCCUACUAACUCAAUAAAAUACGAAUAUAAAGUCGGCCGACUCCUAGAAUAAUUAGGUGUCCAUGAAUUUUUACCACAGAAAAGCUACAGCAAUUUGAAACUUUUCUAGCUCUUAGAGCUCAUAAGCAAAAACUAUCUUUAUUUUCAAGCGGAAUUGAAAACACAUAAGAAAUUAAACGAAAGUCUUAUUUUCAAAUUUUAGGAGGAGUAUAAAAAGAGGGUCAAAGCUGAGCAAAUGUACAAGGAGAGUCAAAGAUUGGCUUCGUAAGUAAAUUCCAUUAUCAAGUUUAUGGACUAUGUCAAAUAAACAAUAAAAAACUUCAGUUCUAAGGACCUUGAGCAGAUGAUGCUCAUCAAAGAUCUUCAAGAUAAGAUUGAUCAAGCUAAACAUGACAUGCAAUUAUCCUACUCUCUUGAUAUUUUGGGAAAGCACAAUAGACAUUCAUAUGGUUGUCAUAAUCAUCAUGCUCUAGGCAAGGCUUUAAAAGAAACAAAAAAUGGUGUUGCAGUUGUGAUAAACAACUUAAAAUCAGAAAAUACAAAGCUGAAAUCUGUAAAUGAUAAGCUUUAGAGCAGAAAUAUCAGUAGCGACCUGAGAGUUUCUAACGAGCAGAUGAAUGUCAAAGUAAUGGAACUUGAGUAGCAUAUAUUGAAACUAAACUCAAUUAAUGAGAAAAUCUAAUAAAAAUUAAAAAAAUUGCAAAAAGAACUCUCAACACAAACAUUGAAAUCAGAAUAAAUGCAAGAGUAUGUGACUGCAAUUGAUAGUCCAUAAAUCUAAGAUAAUAAAAGGGUUUUAGAUAAAUUUUUGGGCAUUCUAUUUAGUAAAAAAGAUGAGGAGUUUAGUAAGUAAGAACUAAUAUAGUUGAGAAGUUUAAUGCAGAGUUCAGAUGAACUCACACUGCUGAAUGAUGAUUAGUUUAGAGGUCUUGAAACAAGAGCAGGAAGCAGCAUGUCUGGCUUUUAAGGAUCCAUGCAAGAGUUCAGGACUGAAUUUCUGAAAUAAAGAUAAAUAAACGAGGAUCUUGUACACUAUCUAUAAAAAUACAUAAUCAAAACAAAGGGUAUCAGAGCAUUUUAGUAAAGAUCACACAGAGAGGCUAAGUAAUCUGAGUGCUGUUUCAACAUAGUUCACUCACUAUUAAAAGAGAAAAAGAUAGGUUAACUAAAAAUAGCUGAAUAAUACCAAACAGCUUUCAUUGAAUUAUUUGACAUCAACUAAAUCUGUAAAAUCACCUGGGAAUAAGUUUCUAUUUAGUCCAUCAGUGACAAAGCCUCCUUCAGGAAUGACCUCUCAUUCUAUAAAAAAGAUGUUGAAAUGAACUAAUUGAAAAAGUUCAUGAGAACUUUAUUAUAGGGAUAAUCUACUUUUACACAAAGAAGUUCUAUCUCACUAAUGAAUAAGGUCCCAAUGAGAUAGAUAUCUUUGCUCAUUAAUUAACAAGGUUUAGAUGAGGAUCAAAAGAUGAUUCAAUAAACUGCUUAUGAUUUCGCUGAAAGUGAACUUAAGCCUUAUGCAGCUGAAUGGGAUGAGAAAAAGCAUUUCCCUAAGGAUUAAUACAAAAAGGCAGCUGAAUUAGGGUUUGCAGGUAUAUAUGUGAGUGAAGAAGCUGGGGGAUGUGGUCUAGGAAGACUAGAAGCCUCACUUAUUUUUGAAGGACUUUCAACUGGAUGUGUUGGAUCAUCAGCCUAUUUAAGUAUUCACAAUAUGUGCGCUUGGAUGAUUGAUACUUACGGCACUGCUGAAUUAAAAUAAAGAUGGAUACCCUCUAUGUUAACUUUUGAUACAUUCUCAUCUUAUUGCUUGACUGAGCCAGAUUCUGGAAGUGACGCAUAAGCAAUGAAAACUUUUGCUAAAGAUCAAGGUGAUCAUUUUGUGCUAAAUGGAUCUAAAGCAUUUAUUUCUGCUGGAGGAGCUAGUGAUCUUUAUCUGAUAAUGUGUAAGACAGGCGAGAAAGAGGUUUCAUGCAUUGGAGUAGAAAAAGGAACACCUGGACUUUCAUUUGGCAAAAAUGAGCACAAGGUAUAAAUAUAAAUAGCUUUAAUAUUUUAUUAGAUGGGUUGGAAUGUUCAGCCAACAAGUCUUGUUAUCCUAGAGGACUGUAAAGUUCCCAAAGCCAACUUAAUUGGAAAAUAAGGUCAAGGAUUCAAAAUAGCUCUCUCAGGUCUUGAUGGGGGAAGAUUAAAUAUUGCUAGUUGUUCUCUUGGAGGAGCAGCCGCAUCAUUUGAAAUAGCGAAAGACUAUAUUAAGGGAAGAAAAUAAUUUGGAAGGCCAUUGGCUGAUAAUUAAUAUCUACAAUUUAAGCUAGCUUAGAUGGCAAUCGAUCUUGAAGCCUCAAGACUAAUGGUAAGACAUGGAGCUAAUCUGAUUACUGAGAAAGCUCCAAACUACACAAUGUAUUGUGCUAUGGCUAAGAAAUUUGCUACUGACAAAUGCUUUGAUAUUGUGAAUGAUGCCUUGUAGAUGCAUGGUGGAUAUGGAUAUCUUAAAGAUUACCCGAUCGAAAGAUAUCUUAGAGAUCUCAGAGUUCAUUAAAUUCUAGAAGGAACAAACGAAAUAAUGAUGCAUAUAAUCCAAAGAACUUUAUUACAUGAUAAAUGA